AAUACAUCAUCACAAAUCUAUGAUAGAUGCUUAAAGGAUUCAAAUAUGUUGAUAAUUAUGUGCAGUACAUUUUGUUCGUGUGUAGAGCAGUUGAUAUGGUUCCCAUUUUUUGUCAUUCAGAUAGUUUGUUCAACACACAAAAAAACUAACAAUUUAUUUAAAUCCAUGUGAACACUUAAUCCAUACAAAACUUAAUAAAGAAAACAAACAAACACCACCUUACUGGAUGAAUAAACGUUGGGUAGUGUGAAACGUAAUCUACAGGACAAUAAUAUAAGGUGGUACAUGGAUUCAAAUUUGCAAGAAAUUUCAUUUUGUUACAAGAAAAGAUUACGUUAACUGAUUUUUCUGCCUUGUUUAACUCAACUAGUGCCGGUAAGGUUAGAACUACUCUAAUUUGUUUUCCUAAAAACUUAUGAUCAUUAGAUGUAUGAUAUUCUAACUGCUUUGAGCUGGGAUUUGAAGGUAAUUGCAUCAGCCCUACAGAACCAUUGUUGCGGCAUAAGGUCCAUUAUGGCAUUCGGAGGCCCACCUUUGGGUCCAGCUGCAGCUGCUGGCAGUUCCCCUGCAAUAAAGCAGGUGAAACUGGAAAAAGAGAGUGAACUCAGGAUUGAAGUUAGUGUCAACACUGCUCUCCGCCUCAGGCUACUAAAUGGGACGGCUGAGAUAUUUGGCACCGAAAUGCCCCCAGAAAAUUGGCUCAUCUUCCCACCAAGAAUGAAAUUUGCUAUAUUUACAUGGUAUGGGGCGACAAUUGAAAUGCAAGAUAAUACUGAAACUGUUUAUGUAGCAGAUGAGACACCAAUGGUCAGUUAUGUAAAUGUGCAUGCUGUACUUGAAGGACGAAGAAAUCGUGCAAAAGCGUCUGCUAGUGAUGCUGAUGCUUCCCAGGGUCCGAGGGUGAUUGUAGUUGGACCAACAGAUUCCGGAAAGAGUACCUUGUCGAGAAUGCUUCUUAGUUGGGCGGCCAAACAGGGAUGGAAACCGACUUUUGUGGAUUUGGACAUUGGCCAAGGAUCUAUAACUCUCCCUGGAUGUAUUGCUGCUAGCCCAAUAGACAUGCCAAUUGAUCCGGUGGAAGGGAUUCCUCUCGAGAUGCCUCUUGUCUACUUUUAUGGGCAUAACACUCCAACCGUUAAUGCAGAUCUUUAUAGGGUACUAGUAAAGGAGCUUGCCGUGAUCUUGGAAAGGCAAUUUGCUGGAAAUACCGAAUCUAGGGCAGCCGGCAUGGUCAUCAACACCAUGGGAUUCAUCGAUGGCCUUGGUUAUGAUCUUCUUUUGCAUGCAAUCGAUACAUUUCAAGCCACUGUUGUUCUGGUUUUAGGUCAGGAGAAACUUUGCAGCAUGUUAAGAGAUGUUUUAAAACGAAAGCCGAACGUGGAUGUGGUGAAACUUCAGAGAUCAGGUGGUGUUGUAUCUAGGAAUUCAAAAUUCCGAGCUAGUGCCCGGAGCCAGAGGAUAAGGGAAUACUUUUAUGGUCUAUCAAAUGACCUUUCCCCACACUCGAGUAUUGCAAGUUUUAGCGACUUGGCUAUCUACAAAAUUGGCGGUGGACCCCAGGCCCCUGCGUCGGCUCUGCCGAUUGGGGCACAACCUGUGGCUGACCCCAUGAGAUUGGUUCCAGUAAAUAUCAACAGGGAUUUACUGAAUCUAGUUCUUGCAGUCUCAUUUGCCAAAGAGCAAGAUCAGAUUCUUUCAAGCAAUGUAGCGGGAUUUAUUUGGAUCACUGACAUUGACAUCCCAAGGAAGAAAAUAACGUAUCUCGCACCAUCGGGUGGGGAACUUCCGAGCAAAUUCUUGUUGAUGGGAAGCUUAACAUGGAUAGAAACCUAAAGUUAUUGAUACCGGUUGCUAACUUUUGAUGUCGUAAGCAUAUUACCGUUUUGGUCGUAUUUUGUAAGAUUAUGUCUAUUAGUCGAGUAUCGAAAACCCGCAUAGCGUUCACUUGUUUACGUAUUUUGUAGUACAAUGUAACAAUUAGGGGUGCUAAUACGAGGUUUUAAUGGAUUUAGGUCUA